AUUAGUCUGAGCUCUGCACAGAGGCUGGCGGAAGGGUGCGAAGCAGCGUUGUUUGGGUAAUGCGGUAGCUGCUUCCUACAGGAGGAAGGACUUUAUUCUCAAAUUUAGCCGACAACAAAUAAAACCACACUUCUGUGGAUAGUGACCUAAGUUUAUGUACCAUUUCUGUCUGCUCCAUUGUCAGUCCGUUUAAUAUAUUGCGGGCCACUUUUUUUUAUACUCGAAGGAGAGCCUGCAGUGGAGGAAGUAAGCGCCAUUUUAAGCGAAUAAAAUACACGUUUUCAGUGACAGCCACACAAGCAACAACAAUGGCCUUGAAAAGAAUUCACAAGGAGCUAAAUGACUUAGCACGUGAUCCACCAGCUCAGUGUUCUGCAGGACCUGUUGGAGAUGAUAUGUUCCACUGGCAAGCCACAAUAAUGGGACCAAAUGACAGUCCUUACCAGGGCGGUGUUUUUUUCUUGACAAUUCAUUUUCCAACAGAUUAUCCUUUCAAGCCACCAAAGGUUGCAUUCACAACAAGAAUCUACCAUCCAAAUAUCAACAGCAAUGGCAGCAUUUGUCUCGAUAUUCUGCGAUCGCAAUGGUCACCUGCAUUAACCAUCUCAAAAGUUCUUUUGUCAAUUUGUUCACUGUUGUGUGAUCCAAAUCCAGAUGACCCAUUAGUUCCUGAAAUAGCACGCAUCUACAAAACAGACAGAGAAAAGUACAACAGAAUAGCUCGGGAAUGGACACAGAAGUAUGCAAUGUAGAUUUGGAGACAUGAAUGGAUCUUGACAGCAAUGGCUAGGGGAACUUUGAAAGAAGAAAAAUCUCUUUUUCAGUUUCCAUUUGACUGCUUUCUAUGAGCCCACGCCUCCUCUUACCCUGUGCACAUGUUUACCUGACCCAGCAGUGCUGCGUUGUGUUGUAAAUAUUUGGAACAGCAAACUUAGAAAUACUGUGCUCCCUGUAUAUUGCUAUUUUGAAAGUGACCUCUGACACAGAAGAGAGCUGAGAACCAAGUCAGUCAUGACAGUUGUGAAUUCUAAAAGCAUUCCUUGCUACUUUAAAUUUGGGUAAUGUGAUUGAAUUUUUCAGGUGGAAUUAUUUGCUGUUUGUUUUUUUGUUUUUUUGUUUUUUUCCCUCCCUGUGCUUCCAGGCAAUAUUUUCAUUCGUAAAUAGUGGGGAGGGAAAUGUAUUUUUGUAAAAAAUGUCAGGAAUCCUUUUAAAAUCAUAACAGGUUAUGAAUAUAAAGAUGAAUUUGCAGCUUAUUUGUACCAAGAGAAAUCCCAACAUGAUAUUUGUUUUGAAGCAAAUGUCACAAGAAAGAAACACACCCAUUUACAAAGAAACUUUAGAAUAUUGCCCCAUUCUUACACAUGAGCUAUUAGUUAAAUUGUGAUUCCUAAAUAGAUCCCCUGAUGAAUUUGAAUUUAAUUUUAUUGGUGACUAAUAGCUCAAAUAUACGUUUAUCGGCUCAGUUUGUUUUUGGAUAUAGUGAAAAUAAAGUCCUUUGAAAGAACUUGUGAAUAAACACAUGAAAGCUCAUUGAGCUUGUUAUGUUUAAAUAUGAUUAAACUCUGUAAUAAACUGAUAACUAAAGUCCGUAUGUUUGAAAAGAGUGAUUUUAAUCUUGCAUAGAUGUACAAUAUGCAGGAAAAAUAGGUUUGUGUAUGAUAUGGUGUGAACUGAUUGAUAUAAAUGUUUAACAAUCAUAUGUUCAAAAAUGCAAAAUGUGUAAAGGGAUUUUUCUGUAGGAUGUAUGAAAAUUUAAUUCAAUUUUAAAAUAUAAUAAAAAAUGGCUAUUAAGUGAA